UUUUAAUAUACAAAUUACAAGAUAAAAUGGAUUAAAGAAGUGCAUUGGAUGGUGUGUAAAAAUGAAAGUGAACAAAUACUGGGAAGGAAAGUGGGAAGGAAGGGAGUACAUGGUUCGUCAACCCCGUCCCACUUCAAACCCAUCCCCACUUUCUUUUUUUUUCUUCUUUGCGUAUCCUCCUAAUUUCGUCGAGCACAUUUGCUUGCUGAUAGUCCCUAUCUGAAUUCAGAAAAUGUCUCUGCGACCGGGUACGCGAACCGAAGUACGGAAGAAGUCGUACAAGAUCGGAGUGGAUGGCGACGAAGCACGGCGGCGGAGGGAGGACAACCUGGUUGAGAUCAGGAAGAGUAAGCGCGAGGAGAACCUUCUCAAGAAGCGUCGCGAGGGUCUCCUCCUUGACGCUACUCAAAACGCUGCUUCUAAUGAGAGACGGCUUGAAGGCAUUCCAUUGAUGGUUCAAGGGGUAUGGUCUGAGGAUCCAUCUUCACAAAUCGAAGCGACUACACAAUUCAGAAAGCUGUUAUCCAUCGAGCGCAGCCCUCCAAUAGAUGAGGUGAUUAAAGCUGGAGUUGUACCACGCUUUGUACAGUUUCUGGAAAGGAGUGACUUGCCUCAAUUGCAAUUUGAAGCUGCCUGGGCAUUGACAAAUGUUGCAUCUGGCACAUCAGAACAUACACGAGUUGUCAUUGAACAGGGUGCUGUUCCUAAGUUUAUACAGCUUCUUAACUCACCCAAUGACGAUGUUCGUGAGCAGGCUGUCUGGGCUUUGGGCAAUGUUGCUGGUGAUUCCCCAACCUGUAGGGAUCUCGUACUUGGUCAAGGUGCACUCCUGUCAUUGUUAGGUCAGUUAAAUGAGCAUUCAAAGCUUUCUAUGCUGAGAAAUGCUACAUGGACAUUGUCAAACUUCUGCCGUGGCAAGCCACCUACACCAUUUGACCAGGUCAAAGCUGCAUUGCCAGUUCUUCGGCAUCUUAUCCAUAUGAAUGAUGAAGAAGUUCUUACAGAUGCUUCUUGGGCACUAUCAUAUCUAUCCGAUGGACCAAAUGAUAAAAUUCAAGCUGUAAUUGAUGCAGAUGUCUGUCCCCGGCUUGUAGAGCUUCUGCUUCAUCCAUCAGCUACAGUGCUCAUACCUGCUCUUCGAACCGUGGGGAAUAUUGUGACAGGUGAUGAUGCUCAAACACAGUUCGUAAUUGACAAACAAGUGCUCCCAUGUCUGUAUCAACUUCUUACUCAAAAUCACAAGAAAAGCAUAAUAAAAGAAGCAUGUUGGACGAUCUCUAACAUCACUGCUGGAAAUAGACAUCAAAUACAGGCAGUUAUGGAGGCAAAUAUCGUUGCUCCUUUGGUGUAUCUCCUUCAAAAUGCAGAGUUUGACAUCAAGAAAGAGGCUGCAUGGGCUAUUUCUAAUGCCACCUCUGGAGGUUCUCAUGAUCAAAUUAGGUUCUUGGCUAGUAGUGGCUGCAUCAAGCCGCUCUGUGAUCUCCUGUUAUGCCCAGACCUGAGAAUUGUGACUGUGUGCCUUGAGGGGCUCGAGAACAUUCUGAGGGUAGGCGAGGCCGACAAAGAAAUGGGUUUGAACGACGGGAUCAAUUUAUAUGCUCGAAUGGUCGACGAAUGCGAGGGUUUAGACAAGAUUGAUAUUCUCCAAACCCAUGACAACAAUGAGAUCUACGAAAAGGCUGUGAAGAUCUUGGAUAAAUACUGGGCAGAUGUAGAGGACGAUGAUGAGCAGCUUCAUGACCUCCCCAGUCAUGAAAAUCAGCAUGGCUUUAGCUUUGGGAAUAACCAACCUAGUGUUCCUGCAGGCGGUUUCAGAUUCGGGUAAACAGAAUUUGGUUGUGUCGUUUCUUGUUUUGCGGGCAGCGGUCAGGUUUUCUUGCCCUUGAAUGUGGCAUACAGGUUCUUAGAUACUAUUAUUUUUUAUGGAGUAAGUAAUUUACUAGGAGAAUGCUAUGCUUGUGAUUUGUCCUUGUGAUUUGUAACUUCGGCACCAAUUGGUGAUGUCUAUGAUUGGUUUGUGUGGGAAAAUGUAAUGUGCCCUCGUGUUUUCUCUGUUGUGCUCAAUUUAUUGUCAACUAAGCUUAAACCGAAAACCGUACUUAUUAUUCUUUAGUUGUAUUAUAUCUUCUCCCUUAACUUAUUCUAUUUAAUGUUAUGUGAUAAUCAGAGACAUGUUAUUAAAGGUUUAUGCAACUC